GUUAUCUCUGAACCUUUGUCUCGUCUUUGGAAUCUGCAGAGAAUCAACGAAUGAGUGAACUGCAUUGUUUCAUCAAUGUUGUCAUCAACCAUGAUUAGCCCCUGAGUUGGCUUGGGUUUGAACCCCGCAAGGAAACAAGGCGACCGAGUCCUUGGAGACAGGUCGGGCCCGAUUACAUAUAGCCGAACCGGAUGCUCGCCGUCUUCGUAAUGGAGCUAGCGAAGCUCCAAAACCAAAGCUUAAAUAGGGACCAUUGCCCCCGUUGACUUCAUCUUGUAGAGAGGCAGCGAUUGUGGACUCGACUUGCUAAUCUCGCCGACCCUUUUCACGUAGCCCAGUUGUUCCUUAUCCGGACCGGACCGGACCAAAUACCUUUACAUCAUCGACAGCAUCAACAAACAUUCGAACACCAUGUCUCUUCCAGCCACAUUCAAGAGGGCCGCCUUUACGGAGGCCGGUUCUCGUCUCAGCAUUGGGGACGUCCGACUGCAGCAUCCUGGCGAGAACGAGGUGCUUGUGAAGGUCGAGGCCUGCGGUGUGUGCCACUCUGAUAUAUCGGUCCAGCGCAAUGAUUUCGGUGCUGGUUUCCCCAUGACUCCUGGCCAUGAGAUCAUUGGCCGUGUUGCUGCCGUUGGCGAGGGCGUUACGAAGUGGAAAGUGGGCGACCGCAUCGGAGCUGGUUGGCACGGAGGCCACGACGGCACCUGCGGCGCUUGCAAGAAGGGACUGUACCAGAUGUGCGACAACGAGCCCAUCAACGGCGUGACCCGGAACGGUGGCUACGCAGAGUACGUCCUCAUCCGAGCUGAAGCCGGGGUCGUUAUUCCUGAGGGCGUUGAUGCGGCCAAGUUCGCGCCGCUGCUGUGCGCCGGCUUGACCGUUUUCAACGGGAUCCGGCACAUGAACGUCAGCCCCGGCGAAACAGUCGCCAUACAGGGCCUGGGUGGUCUCGGUCACUUGGCCGUCCAGUACGCCAACAAGUUUGGCUUCCGCGUCAUUGCCAUCUCCCGCGGCGCCGACAAGGAGGACUUCGCUCGGAAGCUGGGUGCUCACGAGUACGUUGACACGACCAAAGUCGAGGCCGGCGCCGGGGUCGCCGCCCUCGGUGGUGCGUCUCUCAUUGUGACCACAAACCCUCACGGCGAACAGAUCCCAGAGCUCGUGAGAGGGCUUGGACCUAGGGGCAAGCUGCUGGUGUUGUCUCUUGCCGGCGAGAUCCCUAUCAACGUCAACAUCAUGACCGGAAAGGGCCUAUCCCUCCAUACCUGGCCUGCGGGGCAUGCGGAGGACGCCGAAGAAACGGUCAAGUUCGCCCAGCUGCAGGGUAUUGACUGCAUGAUUCAGACGUUUCCACUUGAGAAGGCGAACGAAGCUUACGACGCCAUGGCUAAUGGCAGCGUUCGCUUCAGGGCGGUUCUCACCAUGGAAUAACAGAGCGAUCAUAGAUGACUUAAUGUGGUACGAGAGGGACCGCCACGAUCCAGGACUGCUUACUACUGUACUUGUUCGGGAAAUGGAAGGUCUGAAGCGGUGUACUACUACCUCAGGUAGUCUAUUUUCAAGAUCUCAAAGCCACCGGCGUGUCAGAAAUGCGGACCGUACCUAACUCACCCGAGGUAGCUAGAUUUUUUUUUGGACUUCAACCUUGCCGAAUAUAAACUCCAACAUGAGGA